CGCGUGCAGUGUUUGGGUAUGUGCCACCCGCCUCCACAACCUUCCUUUCUCGGCCCUCUCAAUAAUUCAGCCGCCCGAACGUAUCGAUGACACCGGUUUGCUCUCUCUCUCCUUCCCUCUCGAGUUCAAAGAAAAACGGUUGAUGACAGACGAAUGCCACUGCUCAUUAACGAAUGAGAGAAGCGCGGCAUCGCUUUUAAUCGUUCCAUCGCAGGUGUUGCUGCCCCAGACACAACAGACGGAUAACCGCGAGCGUGACGCACCGUGGACUUUUGGCCAAACUUGACACGAAUCAUCAGGCAGAAAAAAUACACCGAGAACAUCGGUUUCUUGAAAGUUGGAGAGUUUAGUUAUUAUUUAGCUAUUUAGUUUCAUUUAAACAAUUUUUGAGCCGUCUCAGGCUUGUUUGGUUUUAUUUUGUUUUCAUCUCAUUGACAGUUUUUGGUUCUUUACAACUGAGAGGUCAUUAUGUCUGGAAUGAACAGUGACCUGCUACACAAGUCUACGUUGACAGUGUACUCGAACUUAAUGGAACAGUUCAACCCAGGGCUUUUGAAGCUAGUCGCUCUGGGCAACAGCUACGUCAAGGCCUUCCAAGCGUUGGCUGUUACCAGUGAAGCCUACUUCAGCGCUGUGUCUAAGAUGGGAGAACAGGCUCUGCACACACUCUCAUCUCGCUCUCUCGGAGACGUCCUCAUCCAGAUCUCAGAGACACAGAGGAGACUCACAGCAGAGAUGGAGGGAGUGUUCCGAUGGUUCCAGGUGGAGGUGUUGCAAGCCAUGGACAAGAACGUCAAGUUGGACGAGGAGUAUAUUGAUGGCAGUAGGAGGGUGUAUGAGCUGGAGGUGAGGAACCAGGCAGAAGCUCUGGAGAGACAACUGAGGAGAGGAUCCUACAGAGACUCACUGGAGAACAGUGAGUACAUGCAGUACCUGAGGAAGAGUCAACAGGAGAUCCUGAAGGAGGAGGAGAGGAGGUAUCGCUUCCUGGCUGAGAAACACUGUGGCCUCACUCAGUCCCUGCUGUUCCUCAUCAACAAGACAGGGGGGUCACUGCAGCAGAAGGCGGAUGGAUGGAAGGAGAAAGUGAACGAGACCAGAGGCUCUGGACCUCGCACGCCCACUCCACCAGACCAGGAGACCCAGCUGCGAGGGUCGGUCAGCUCCCUGCUCCAGACGGUGGCCAGGGAUGAGGACAUGUCCUGGGCCAGGAGAGAGCAGCAGGCGCUGGGCAUGGUGCCCUCUAGAGCCCCCUCCCCCCUCCCCAGCCGUUCCCGCUCCAGCUCGGUGGGGGAGUCCCUGGGCCUGGGCGGGGGGCGGCCCAUGAGGGCCCUGGUGUCCCACCCCGCCACGUCCAACCCCAAGCUGCUGCCCUUCUCCCGGGGAGAGACAGUGACGGUGCUGGUGCAGGAGCCCCGCAACGGCUGGCUGUACGGACGCACCGACAGCAGCCUGCGUCAGGGCUGGUUUCCUGCUGCAUACGUCACACCUGCUGAGGAGUUCUCCAACACUCUGGGGUCCAGCGGGGCGUCUCUGCGGAGCCACAGCAUGACCAACCUCCUGGACCCGAGCGACACCCCCGCGGACCAAUCAGAAAAGCCCGAGAGCAAGAGCUACGGAGACGUCCCGCCCCCGGCGACGCCCACACGCCGGGGGUCCGUUGACGUCCGGCCAAUCUCUCCCCUCCCUGAGAGGAAGGCGGAGCCUGUCCCGGAGGUCAGGACCAAUCAGACGAAGAGCAGCUAUGAGCUUCCUCCCCCUCCUCCUCCUCCGCCCCCGCCCCCCCCGCCCACACAACAGUCGCUACGGAGGGGGUCAGCUGACUUUCAGUCAAUCACUGCCCUUUCUGAUAAGGGGGCGGAGUCGGCCUCAUAUGAAAAGGCAUUGUUGCCACAUGGACCAUCUGGUGAAAAUCCCCUCUUUCCAAGAGGAACAAACCCAUUUGCUACUGUGAAACUUCGCCCGACGUCAACCAAUGACAGAUCAGCACCACGGAUCCACUGACCAAUCACCACGCUGGAUGAGUUAUGGAAUUAUGCUGUCGAUUUAUUAUAUUUAUAACCGGAAUAUGGGCAUUUAUUUGUACAUCUCUUUGGU